UGUGCGGGCUUCGGCUGACGUUUUCCUUUUCAGGGGAUGAACAAUCAGUACGCCCGCCGGGAGGUCUUCUGCCGGAACACCUGUCACGAGCUCAAACGCUUCUGGGAAAGGGAGAUUGGCAAACAGACUUACUAUCGAGAGUCGGAGGAACACCGCCUGGGAAGAAGCGCCCUGAGAAAGCUCAGAGAAGAAUGGAAGCAGAGACUAGAAACAAAGCUGAGACUGCGGAACAAUCCAGAUGAGACUGAAAAGCGGGCCAAUGUUGGCUGA